GAUUGACCCUGACCGUCCCGCUAAACGAACACUCCACUGGUUCUGCAUUAAACUCAGGUCUCCCAAAAGUCUGUUCUACAUUAACUUCGUGAGUUUUUUAUCAGAUAAUUUUUUUAACAACUUGGAAGAAGCAAUAACUCGUUGCUGCUUUUACCUUGAUUUAACAUGACCGCUUCCAUUGCAGACUUAAUAUGAAAUACGUAUUUUAAUGUUAAUGACUUGGAGUUAUUCUGAAUCGUGUCAUGGAUUUAUUUUAACUUCACACUAUAAUUAAUUGUUGGCCUGUUUCUCAACAAACAGCUCCUCUACUUUGCUUUCCAUAUUAUGUAUGGCAUCCAGCUGCUUUACUAUUUGAAGGCUUCAAAGUUUGAAAUCUUGGAGUACCUGCCGCCAAUUUGGGUGUUAACAUUAACACUACAAUUGAUACAGAGAGCGGUAAUUACAUAACACUUAUUAGUAGUUAUUUCCACGAAAGAAAUAAGUAAUUCAUCAUGUUGUAGUCUAUUUAAAUAUUUAAAACAAAAUAUAUAGUCAGAAAGGACAAAUGGUUUCCAGAAACUCUGAUGUAUAUUUGUGCAUAAGCCACCCAUUCAAUUUUUUGUAACAAAUUUUAUGAAUCAAAUAAUAAGUAUAUCUAACAGAAAUUAUAUUUUACUUAAUUUUUUUCGAAGCAGAGACCAUUUUCAGUGGUCUAUGUAUUAUGUGUAAACUGUGAAUUAAGACAAGCACUUGAUCUGUCAUCUUUUAAUACUAUCGCCAGGAUAGUGCUACUUUUCCAUAUUUGAAGAACAAGGUUGUCAUCUAAUAAUAUAACAAAAGCAUUGAUGAAAAGUUAAUAAAUUCAUGUCAUAUUUUAUUUACAUUAAGCAUAAAAUAAACUAAAAAUGUCAGGUAUGUAUAAGGCAACGAGUAAGACAGGUAUGAACUAGGAGGCAGGAAGAAUGGUAGGGAGGGAUGGAUGUUUGAAGAAGGGAGGUGCGAUGGAGGAAAAGGAGGGGUGGAGGGAGAAGCGAGGGUGUAAAUAUUAAAGGGCUUAAGGGUAGAUGAAGGAUGUUAGAAAAACAGAAAUCUAAAAUUUCAAAUACAUAUUUGAAUUUUUUUUCCAUCAGUUCCCUUUCAACAGACAUGUCCUAGACAUCUAUUUUGGCAUAGAUACCUGCUGCGUCCUCUUCUUCUACGUGGCCAUCUCUCUGCGUGUAGCAGCCCUUCUUAACCAAGGAAAUGACGCCUUGAUGAAUACCGCCCGGGUUUUCUACAGCCUGGACUAUAUAGCGUUCUCACUGAGACUGUUCAAGUUCUUUUACGCCAAUCAAUAUUUAGGCCCCAUAACAGCUACGCUCUUUGUGAUGGUCAGUCGAUUUUAAUUGUACACUUUCUCAGGCGCAUGCUAGUGUACCGGUUGUUUCUUUGAAACACUAUGUUCCGUUCUUUUAAAUCAGAUGUUGAAUUUUUUUAAGGAUUAACAUGAUCGACGAUCAGACAAAACGUCCGCCAACAAAAAUAAUAUUUAAAAACAACACAAACUAACAUGGUAGCCGCAGGUAAAAGGAUAAUUUAAUGUUUGAAAAAAAAAAUAUCUGAACUUUGCAACUAUUGGAUUAGUUUUGCUACAAUAUGUUUCGAGCCGCAAAUUUUAGGACGAAGUGACUCAUGCGUCUAUUCUAUACGAGAUAUAUAUUCCCAUUUCUAAAUUAGAUUCGCUACUUACCUGAGUUGGUAAACUACGUAUUUCAAGCCCGUUUUAUAAUUUAAAUGUAUUAAUCUUUGUUUGAUUAUACAGCAUAUGUAUUACAAUUCAACACAAUAUAUAGACACGUCAAAUGGGUACAAAUUAGAUAACAUUAGAUAUCCGCAUAUGUCACUAUGCUAAUCGUUUGCCUUUCUGUAUAAACUUUUCAAUAACAGUUUUGGACUUUGAUGAGAUUCCUGGCAAUAAUCGGAGUUUUCCUGCUGGGAUGUAUGGUGGCUACCGAGUCAGUCAUGUACCCUGAGGCGCAGUUUAACGUGACGCAACUCUACACACUGUUCCGUAAGCCUUACUGGAGCAUGUUCGGGGAAUUCUUUCUCAAUGAAAUAGAAGGACCAG